UUCUCUGUGACAAUUCUUGUGGAAGGCAACCUGCCCUUUGGCAAGGUCCUGUCCAGGCCUUGUUAAUGAAUGACUUUUGGACACACAGGAUGAGAGGGAUUUCCAAAGGGUGGUCAAAGCCCAGUUAUAAGGCUGCCCCAGCCCACGAGACAGAAUCUAGGAGUCUCAGCUGCCAGCCCUCCAGAUUUUCCCUAUCAAUCCCAAUUUCUUUCCCAAGGAACCCAGGAACCUUGGGUCUUCACUCACACACACACAGUCGCCGCUCACACUUCCUCCACAGAAUACAGGAGUGCUGACCCUGCUCCCCAACUUUCUGUGAAUCAACUUCUCCCCCAGAGAACCCAGGAGUCCUGCCCAGACAAGUCUGGGUAUAACCAAGGAACUCAAGUUGUGUGCACUCCGAACGUCAUGGCCAGGUUUUCCUCGCUACUGCUGCUGGUGGUUCUUCCUUUUCUGUUCACAGAAGACUCUGGAGAAGUAAAAGCCAGGAGUGUGACUGAUUCCAAAUGUCCACAUCGGAGGAAGAACAUUGCAGUGCUGACAGGACACACGUGUCAGAAGAGCUGCAAACGCCAAGGCUGCUCUAAAAACAGGAUGUGCAUAUGUGAUGGGAAAUGUGGACUGAGCUGCAUUCCUCAAGGCUUGAGUUGUCCAUGGCCAGUGAUGAUUGACAAUGCUGAGACACACCUGGCCCAGGAAUCCUACAUGUUUGGGGACUUCAUGGAGGUGAUGUGCAUGCCUGGAUUUAGAAUGGCUGAUGGUCAGGAAGUGGCAAUGAGUCGCUGCCAAGGAGAUAGGAAGUGGAGCUUCACGGCACCCUGUGAAGGUGUUCUUAAUACCUCAACCCUCUGCAAACCUCCACCAGGGAUUGAAAAUGGGUUCCAUGAUGAUGGGCCCUACAACACAGGGAGGGAAGUGCGUUAUUGGUGUGACUACGGAUAUCAUCUAGAGGGGGCUGACUCCCUCUUAUGCCAAGAAAAUGAGGAAUGGUCACACGCAGCCCCAACCUGCCACCCUGUUAACUGCUCCCAGCCCCCGCAAAUUGCUCAGGCAAUCCUGGUUGCUGUGCACCAGUCUGUAUACCCAGUGGGAACGGUCAUCUAUUACUUGUGCAAAAAGGACUUCUACUUAGAUGGCUCCAACAGAGUCGUCUGCCUGGAGAAUGGAAGCUGGUCCGAACUACCCUACUGCAGAGCCCGUUGUCCUAUCCCUGCCAAGAGGAGUCGGAUGAUCUACCAAGGGCGCAGGCUCUGGGUGUAUGAAAUCCCAGAUCAACUGGUCCAUCAUGGAGAAACUGUCACAUUUUUCUGCCGAGGUCAGAACGGGACAUGUCAUUUUAAGGCUGAGAGUCAAUGUUUCGAUGGUGUGUUGAAGAUGCCCGAUUGCUAUGAAGAGCCUACCAAUGUGCAAUACAUUAUGUUCUCACAAAGAAUUGUGUCUGAAAUACCAGCUUGUUGAGCACCCUACAAACCAUCCAUUCUCCAAUAAGAUGCCUCCUUUUCCUGGCUCAACCAUCAUCUUGGAGGUGCAGAAAAGACAGAUGGAAAAAGAAAGGAUCAAUACAAGCAAACAGAAACCAACUACAUUUAAAACAGAAAGCAGUCCUGGGAAUUUGGAUACUAUGAACACCCUGAUAGCUAACAGCUAGAUAUUUUAAUUUUAUUUAUUUUCUACAUCUGUUGCUCCCUGGAUGAGUACAAGAGAUCCUUUUCAGGCCAUCUAAACCCAUCAUUCAAUUUCCCCUUUGCCUUUUGUUUGUUUUACAUAUGGCUGGAUUGGCAAGUCAACUCUAAAAUGGUGAUUCCACUGGAGGGCUUUUUAAAAUAUGAAGGCAGCUUCAUUCAAAGUCCACAACAUGUAAUAACACUUACUGGUUAUAUAGUGCAUGUCAAGUAUCUAGUGUACUUCACAUACAUUAACUGCAGUAAUCUUGACAGUAGCCCAAGAAGGACAGAUCUGUAUUAUUACUUAUCCAGUGUAGACAGUGGAAGUACUGAGCUAACUUACCUGUUAAAUGUUCAUAGUGGAUGUGUGGUGGAAGCAAGUAACUUUCAACCAUGAACUUAGACUUCAUACUUUUAGGAAUUGUGCUACACCAGCUCUCUUUACACAUAUGCAAUAUUUCUCCUGGACAAAAGGGAUUGUACCUGAGAAAAUGAAAAGCAAAAAAAGAAAGAGUUUAAGGUUCCAUUCCUAUGCAUUCUUAUUUAGGAAUAAACCAAACUGAACUCAAUGAGUAUUACUUCUUAGCAAUCAUGCAUAGGAUUGACUUGUACUGCAGGCAAAUAAUUGAACAUGACCUCAGUUCGGUGAUGCUACAGAAAACAAGCUGGAGCCAACAUUAUUGUCCCAGUCUCCGAGUCCUUAUGGUGAUAGUAUGUGUAUAUAUUACUAAGAGAAUGGAAGCUUUAUGAAAAUAAGGCAGUGGAGAAAUUAGCCUGAGAUGAGAACCAGUUUAAAGCAAAUACUCCUGCACACUCAUGUGCAUUGAUUUGUAUAUAAUAAACUGCAGUUGUUAUACUAAAGUGUGUUCUUCUGCUUGCUAUAUAACUAAGAGAAGGAAAACUAGGCCCCUGAGGGACACUGGCAAUGAUAUUAUUUCUUUGUUCAUUAUAUUUAUAUGCCUUUUCUCCAGUGAGAUCAAGGGGAUGUGCAUGAUUUAUUUUCUCCCCGCAUUCCCAUAUUUUAUCCCCAGAACAACCCUCCGAGAAGUAGGCUGAGAGGUAGUGAUUCAUCAAAGAUUUUAUGAUUACCACUCUUUCUGUCAGGGCUCCUUUGCUUGUAACAACCACAUGACAGGAAGUGAUUUACCAGGUAAAGUUUUCCCACAAAUGAAAAUAGGAGCAUGCUUGUUAACCUCCUUAUUCUCAUGCUAAAUAGCACUUUGUGAGUCCCCUCCACUAUUACACAUCUGUUAAAUGCUCUUUGGUGCCUGCUAUACACACAUUCCUUUACUGUGCAAUAAAAACAAAGAGGCUGGGCACUCCUUUUGGUUAAAGAACUACUCAGAAGGCAUAAUUAUCUUACAAUCUGUUGCCAAUGUACCUCAGCAUCUGCCGCUGGGAAAUAGCAGGCAGACUGUGCACUGCAUGAUGCCUUCCCCAACCUGGCACCCCCUGAUGUGUUGCACUACAAUUGCCAUCAUCCCCAGCCAGCUCUUAGUGUUUAAGGGACUUCCUGUCUCACUAUAAACCUGCCCAGUUAUUAAGAUCUGCAGGAGAGGCCUUCUUGAAGACACAUUUAUUAGGCACAUGUGAAAGGGCCUUCUCUUCCCAAACUGUGGAAUGCACCCCCCUCAGGAACCACGAUUGGCCUACACUCUCUUGGCUUUUAGAAAGGGUGUGAAGGCACAACUUUUUAAUUCAGUCUUUUAAGAGAUGUAGCCAUUUCUACGUUUUACUGUUUUUAAUGUUCUUGUUAUUUUUAAUUGUGUUCAGGUUUUAUUACUUAAAUUCUGCUGUAC